AUGAGGCCGCAGGAGCCGCCGCCGCAGGGCGGCCCCGCGCUGCCGGCGCUGGAGACGCUGAAGCAGCGGGCGUGCGAGAGCGUGGAGCUGAACGCGGCGCGGCUGGGCGCGCUGAGCCGCGACAUCUGGAGCCGGCCCGAGCUGGCCUACGAGGAGCACCAGGCGCACGACACCAUGACCCGGUUCUUCUCCAGCCGGGAGCUGCCGGGCGCCGCCUGGGCCGUGCAGCCGCGCUACGCGCUGGGCACGGCCUUCCGCGCCGAGUGGGGCACGGCCGCCCCUCGGGGCCCGGGCCCGGGCCCGCGGCCGCUCCGCGUCGCCUUCCUCUGCGAGUACGACGCUUUGCCCGGCAUCGGGCACGCCUGCGGGCACAACCUGAUCGCCGAGGUGGGGGCCGCCGCCGCCCUGGGGCUGAAGGCCGCCCUGGAGAGCCUGCCGCAGCCGGCGCCCGUCGCCGUGCAGGUCACGGUGCUGGGGACGCCCGCGGAGGAGCAAGGAGGAGGUAAAAUAGACCUGAUAAACGCCGGAGCGUUCGAUGGCCUGGAUGUGGUUUUCAUGGCGCACCCCUCGCAAGAAAACGCGGCUUACCUGCCCGAUGUGGCCGAGCACGAUGUGACUGUGAAAUACUAUGGAAAAGCUUCUCAUGCUGCUGCUUAUCCUUGGGAAGGAGUUAAUGCAUUAGAUGCUGCUGUUCUUGCAUACAACAAUCUGUCUGUUUUAAGACAGCAAAUGAAACCGACCUGGAGAGUUCAUGGUGUAAUAAAAAAUGGUGGUGUGAAACCUAACAUCAUUCCUUCUUACACUGAACUAGAGUUUUACUUGCGUGCCCCUUCAAUGAAAGACCUUUCUGUUCUGACAGAGAAGGUCGAGAACUGCUUCAGAUCUGCAGCACUGGCCACAGGAUGCAAAGUGGAAAUAAAAGGUGGUGAAAAUGAUUACUACAAUGUGCUUCCAAAUAAGAGCCUGCAGAAAGUUUACAAGGAGAACGGAAAGAAGCUUGGAAUAGAAUUUAUAUCAGAAGACUGUAUCUUGAAUGGCUUGUCAGGUUCCACGGACUUUGGAAAUGUUACAUUUGUAGUCCCUGGGCUUCAUCCUUAUUUUUAUAUUGGCUCUGAUGCAUUGAAUCAUACUGAGCAGUACACAGAAGCUGCAGGGUCACAGAAUGCUCAGUUCUAUGCUUUGCGCACAGCAAAAGCUCUGGCAAUGACAGCACUGGAUGUCAUUUUCAAGCCAGGUCUGCUAGAAGAAGUCAGGGAAGACUUCAGACAGGUGAAGCUAAAAGAAGAGGAGCAAAUAAGUCCAGUAGAACCUAACAAAGAAUCUGGCAUUGGCAUAGGAGCAUGUGCAUCACAUUAAACUUUAUUAAACCUCUCUCAGUAGGAUUGACUUAAUGGAGAUGCGCCAUUUAAAUCCCAGAAGGGGCUGGAUAAACACAUAGCUGAAGAAAUGUUCAUUUUUCUUUUUGGACUUUAGGAGAAGCAAAUAGUAUCAUUGCUUUCAAAAAAUGUGCAAUUUCAUCUAGCUGUAAUGUUUGCUAUAUUCAGUAUGGUGAUGAAUUUCAGAGAGAGAUCUCAAAUAUGUUGUCUUUAAGUUGCAAUGUUGAAUAAAUGAUAGUGUUUAGAUCCCUUGUCAGUGAUUUUCUAUGUAUUGCUAAAGUAUAUAGGGGAAACACAGCAUGUACAUGGAAAUUCUUGUUCUAAAAUGAGCACUGUUCACUCGGUGAUCACAGGGGGAAUCUGAUCUAAGAAGCGUUUUUCUCUGGCCAGUCACUUUUUCUUGGGGCAAGAUAGAGGCUUAAAACCUGAGCUGGUUUCAGUGGAGAGAAGGGUAUAUGUUUGGAAGCGUGCCUGGUUUUGACAAUAGUAGCUUCUAGCAAUGGAAGAGAACGGCUUGUAUGGAAAUGUGAUCUGUAAAGGUUGAUUGUUCUGAGAUGCACUGACCUUCCUCCUCAUAAAUUUUGGAGGUGUCGUGGAGAAGUCAAUCAAAAAAAUCGGAGAGUAACUAAAUGUUCAACACAUUUAAACCACUGCAGGGAAAAUGCAAGUGCAUCUUUUUUAAGUUCUACUCUAAGGCAAUAUAAGUGUCCACACAAGGUGUUGCACUAACUAAACUGAUCUGAAGAAUGUGUAUGAACUUAGCUAAACCAGGGGAAAUCUUUGUAAAGAUUCAAGUGUGGUACUGUGAAGCAGUAAAUGAAGGUGACCUUAAACUGGUUGUGUGCAUACCCCUGU